CACACACACACACACACACACACACACACACACAGAGAGAGAGAGAGAGUCCUGACUAAUGAUCCUGCUGGAUGGACCGACGCUGUUCACAUCCACACUUCCAGCUCUGCACACAGGAGACCGACCUGUGCGACUAGACAUGCAUUUCUACUGCGUGGGAGACCACACGUGGGCAACCAUGUUGGGUCAGAGCGUGCGGUUGCAGCCGGUGCCCAUCCAGAGCCUGUCGGAGCUGGAGCGAGCCAGGCUACAGGAAGUCGCCUUAUACCACCUGGAGGACCGGGACCUGGACCUCAAGAUGAGCAUCCCAAGAGAAAUACGCAAACGGAGAAAAUCUCUGCGCAGGAAGUUUGACUCCUUUUCAAAGGAAAAGAAAGAGCGAGAAUCGGCUCCCAUGGCAUUCGGCAUCCCCCUCUCCCAGGUCAUCGCCAACGACCGGGCCUACAAGCGGCGGCAGGACGCCCUGAAGGAGAGCAGGCGCGACUGUCUGGACCUGGAGGCCAGCGUCCUGCGCUUCCGGGCCGAGAAGCGGCAGUUCUUCAACGGGAACAAGCCGCUGGUCAGCUACUCGUCGAGCACGGGGGGGGUUCCUGGAUCCCCCUCCACGAACUCGGUGGCACCGGCGCCGAUUUUUGAGACCCAGAACAAACCGCUGUCGCCCACGUUUCUGGAUAACACCGGUCGAGGACAGAGGAGGGGAGGUUUGUCCGUGGACUCCAUCUCCGACCUUGUGGACAGUCAGUCUCGCCUGCUGGAGGCGCUGCAGCUCUCCCACCCGGCUGAGCUGGAGCUGAAGAAGUCACAGAGCGGCGGCUCCUCGGAGGGGAGGACCCAGACCAAGCUCAGCCUCAACCCCAUCUAUAGGCAGGUGCCCCGAGUGCUGGAGAGAUGCUGCAGUCACAUCGAGAACCACGGUCUUCAGACUGUGGGAAUUUUCCGAGUUGGAAGCUCUAAGAAGAGAGUGAGACAGCUGCGGGAGGACUUCGACAUGGGCGUGGACGUCCAGCUGGACGAGGAGCACAGCGUCCACGACGUGGCGGCGUUGCUCAAAGAGUUUCUGCGGGACAUGCCCGAUCCUCUGCUGCCCAGAGAGCUCUACCCGGCCUUCCUUCACGCCAACCUGUUGAGAGGAGCAGACCAGCUUCAGUACCUGCAGCACCUCCUCUACCUGCUCCCUCCCUGUAACUGUGACACCCUGCUGCGCCUCCUCACCUUCUUGCACACCGUGCAGAGCUUCGCCCAGGACAGCAUCGGAACCAAGGAUGAGGAGAUCCCCGGGAACAAGAUGACGGCCGCCAACCUGGCGGUGAUCUUUGGGCCGAACCUGCUGCAGAGGGAAAGGGGAGGCGACGUGAGUCCUCACGCCAUGGGGAUCGAGGACAGCACGGCCAUCAUCAGCGUCACUCUGGUGCUCAUCCAGAACCACAGGAGGCUCUUCCUGGUAUCUGCAGAGAUGCAGCAGGAGGUCCUGAUGAGUCUGAUCCAGACCGACCCGGACAUCAUUGACUAUCUUCUGCGCAGGAAACUCAGCAGCAGUCACCUGAGGGUGGAGAGCGGCAGCGAGUCGGGGGGUCGUCGGGACACGGGGGCGUCUCUGGACUCUGUGGGGGCCUCCAGCGGGAGUCUGUCCCCACUGGAGCCCCCCUCACCUCUCUUCCCGCCGGACGGCAGCGGCGGUGAGGGCAGCCUGACCAGCGAGAUCUUCAUCAACAUGCUCAAACUGAACCAGAACAGGAAGCGGCAGGAGACGCGAUACGGUGAGAUCCCUCCAGGUAAAUCCAUCCGCCACAUGCGUCAGUUCCACUCCCACCACAACCUGCUCAGCCUGGCCCAGCCCUCCUCCUCUUCGACCUCCACCUCAAUGCUCCACGGUCAGGAUCCCGACCCCCAGGACCACAGGGGCUCGCUGGGUUCUGCGUUGAGCUUCUCCCUCGGCGGCGGAGGCGGCGGCGGCAGUUGCUCCAGCCUGAGCGGGUUGACCGAGGGCAGCAUCUGGGUGAGGCAGACGCCGCAGGAGGAGAGCAAGCCGUCGCCCGUCGCCAACUUCUGGGACUUCUUCACCGGGAAGGGGUCUGGCUCGGAGACGAUGGUAUGAUGAAGGGCGAGAAGAGGAGGAACACGAAGGGAAAGAGUGUGUGUGAAUGUGUGUGACUUCCUGUCAGAGGUCAGAAAUCCCCAGAAAAAAUUGGUCAAAGUUCCUGUUACAUUUACAGAGAUGUCUGUUGAGUCGACACACAUUUCUACGAUCAUAAAUCCAAAACUUCCUGCUUGAGUUUCUGACUGUAAGAGAGCAUCCUGUUGCCGAUUCUUCCCGGUGGAAGUUGGAAUUUUCCACUUUUCUGGCACCUCUUGAACACAGCACGUGUAUGAAUGUGUAGCAGGGACAAAGACAGCAUGAAGAAAAGCAACAAAUGAAGAAGAAAAAAUUCAGACAAUUACUCGAAAAAGGUUUUUUUUUAAAAGGAGUUUGGAUGGAUGCAACAACUUGCUCGGACAAAGAAAUGGACAUAUGAGGAAAUGAAGGCAAAAAGACAAAAUCAACCUGUCUGAGAUUAUCUGGAAGUGGAUGCAGUGAUAAUUGCAGUGUAUAUAAUGUGUACAUGAUGCAAGUUUAUAUAUCUUAAGUUUACAUACGCAAAACUUGGUCUUACGUCCUAGAAGUGCAUAACUAACUGUAACCUGCAUGGGCUCUACUAACCCUUUGUCUGUAAUGAAACCACACCGGGCUCCACUUGGUUUUUCCGUUGUUUUUCUGUAACCUUCAAUGAGCUACAUUUACUAUUAAUCAAAUCUGCAGUUCAACUUCCCGCCGUCCGCGAUUCGCAAGAAUGACUGCAAAGAUCCGCAACACCCGACAACUACGAAGCCCAGAGGCGUUCAGUAAUAUGGAUGACGACGGAUAACAUAUGCUCCGUAGCCAUUAAAUAUUGGGAUAAUACAAUCAAAUCAUCUCGUUUCACGUCAUUUUUGUUUCCAAACGUCCUUUUUCCGAAGUCCGUCUCUUAUAUAGAGAUUUUGAGGUACAAUCCCAAGUUUCUAAACGGAGGCUUCAAUUUCAGUAUUUCAUCCGUAUGUCUUAUUUAUUGGAUGUUGGACGCCGUGGGUCUCCAUACACAUCUCAGCAAAACAGAAGGGACAUUUUUGUGUGUGUGUGCGUGUGUGUGUGUGUGUGUACAGGCCAACCUCCUCUAGGUCAGAGGUACCCGUCUUUCCUCUGGCUCGUGAUCCCCUAAAAAUGCAGCAAUCCACUUGCCACGAGUCGCAUCUACCUUUCAGCUGUUAACAGGUUUUUGUUUUUUCCAAUUGUUGUAGAUGCUGCAUUCAUACCAUGUGAUAAUCAGCUUGUACACAGCAUUCGUUUCCAUAUCCAGGUCAUAAUAACCACGGCUAAGUUCAUUUUUUUUCUGAAAGCUCCGACUUCAUGCGAAGGUAUCAAGCCAAAGUCCUUUUGUUCAAGGUAAAUAAACCCAGAUGUAGUAAAUAUGGCACUACGCUGUACAGCCGUCUUGUGUUGUCUGGUGACGUGAGCGCUAUGAAACUACUCAGGGU